AUGUCGUUCCUCAACAUGGGUGAGGCUACUAUCGCAAUCAGUAGCUGGAUGGUUUGUUCCAUCGGCAUGAUGCUCUUCAACAAGUUCGCCAUCAAGGCAUUCCCUGUGGAGUGCACCCUCGUGGCUCUACAGAUGGGGGUGACCGUCCUGGCAAUGGCGCUGUUCUGUUUCAGGUCUAUCAAGAUCGGCUCGUUCUACGACGUGUUGCGCUGGACGAUGGUGGUGCCCUUCUUCACCGGCAUGCUCCUGUCGUCCAUCCUCGCCCUGAAGUUUGCGCCGAUGAGCCUGGUGGUCGUGUUCCGCACGCUCUCCCCGAUGGCGUCCCUGCUGAUCGAGCGCUUCUACCCGGACCCGCUGCGCCUCAGCGCCCCGAUGCUGGGCGCCAUCGCGACCAUGGUCGGGGGCGCCGCGUUGUACACCUCGGCGAUGCACAAGUCUGGCUUGGGGGGCAUCGGCUGGGUCUUCCUCAACAUCUUCUUCGCGGUGGGCGACCGCCUGCUGCAACGCUUGAUGCUGGCGAAGGACCAGAGCCCAGUGGACAUCUCCAAGACGGGCAUCACACUCCUCAACAACCUGGAGGGCAUGGUGCCUCUCGUGGUCGUGAUGGGCAUCAAGAACGAGUUCGCCGAGAUCCCCGAGGCCGUGGCGAGCCUGUCCGCUGCUGGCAUCGUUUGGGUGGUCCUCAGCUGCCUGGUGGGUGUCGGGAUCAGCUACACCGGAAUCUGGGCGCAGAGCAUGAUCAGCGCCACCAGUUUCUUGGUGCUGGUCAACGCGAACAAGUUCGUCAUCAUCUUCAUCGAGGCGUUCUGCCUCAGGACGAAGAGUCUGGCGCCAAUCCAGGUUGUCGGCGCGAUCGUCACCAUCCUGGGGGGCGUCCUGUACGGGAAGGCGCGCGAGUCGAUCGAGGCAGAGGCGCAGGCGAAGAUGGCGGAGAGGCAGCCCCUCGUGGCCAAGAAGGACAACUGCAAGGUCUAG